AUGAGUGUGCUGCUAGAAACCUCUCUUGGCGACAUUGUCAUUGAUUUGUUGGUCAAUGAGUCGCCGAAGGCUUGUGAAAACUUUUUGAAGCUCUGCAAAGUCAAGUAUUAUAACUUCUCGCCUGUGCACAGUGUCCAGAGAAAUUUCACCUUCCAAACUGGUGACCCUCUGGGACCGGACGCCAAAGAAAGCGAUGGCGGUUCCUCGAUCUGGGGCCUAUUACAGGGUCCCUCCCAGCGAACCUUCUCGCUCCCAAUCCCUCCCAAACUAAGACACGACGAGCGAGGGACUGUGAGCAUGGCGACUGUUCCUUCUCCCAACGAUCCAGAUCUACGCAUUGCCGCUAGUCAAUUCAUUGUCACCCUCGGCGAGAAUCUGGACUACUUAGACGGCAAGGCUGUAAUUUUUGGCAAGGUGGUAGAGGGGUUUGAUGUGUUGGAGAAGGUGAAUGAAGCCUUUAUUGAUGAUCGCGGCAGGCCGCUUAAGGAUAUUAGGAUCCGUCAUACUGUGAUUCUCGAUGAUCCUUUCAAUGACCCUCCUGGGUUAGUGGAGCCAACGGAAAGCCCUGUGCCUUCACAGGCACAAUUGGCGACGGUGAGAAUUGCAGAUGACGAAGACCUGGAUGAUAACAUGGACGAAGAGGCAUUGGAGAAGCUACGACGGGAACGGGAAGCCAGAGCGCAGGCGUUGACUUUGGAAAUGGUAGGCGACCUUCCGUUUGCCGAGGUAAAGCCUCCAGAGAAUGUGCUGUUUGUCUGCAAGUUGAACCCAGUCACUCAAGAUGAGGACCUGAACUUAAUCUUCAGUCGCUUCGGGCCGAUUAUCUCAUGUGAAGUGAUUCGAGACAAACGUACUGGUGACAGUCUACAGUAUGCAUUCAUCGAAUUCGAGAAUCAGAAGGACUGCGAACAGGCCUACUUCAAGAUGCAGGGUGUUCUGAUUGACGACCACCGUAUUCAUGUCGAUUUCUCGCAGAGUGUAUCAAAAUUAUCAGAAAGUUGGCGAAAUGCAACCAUUACCAAGCGCACCGGUCAGCGGGGUGGGUUCGGGGGUGUAGCUGGACUGGAGCAGAAACGCCAGUACCGAACAGCUGACCACGUCAAUACACGUCGCCGGGGGGAAUAUUCCAUGGUUUUUGACAAGAGAGAGUCUGGACACCAGUCAGCUCCUCGUCGCGAUAGGUCAUACAGCCGAAGCCCUCAACGGGACGAGCGCCGUUAUAGACGAGCUAGUCGAAGCCCCCGGCGAGAACUCCACCGUAGCCGCCACCGAGAUCGAUCGCACAGCUGGAGUCCAGUGCGGAAAGAUUCGUACGGCGACCGGCGCUAUGAACGUCGUGAUGACAGGUAUCGGGAUCGUCGACGCCGGUGA